GGUUGUGAGCUCAUUGCCUCUUCAUUCACAGCCAUUUCUAGCUUGUGUCAAACUAGCUAGAGGGACAUCGAGCUGAUCGAGCUCGAGGAAGAGCUUGAAAAAUUAACUUUGAAAAGGAGAUCGAGAGCGCGAGAGGAUCAUAUUCAUAUCUGAGCGAUCAGGAUGGGUGUGGGGAGAGUUUUGAACGACGUGAAGCCGUACCUGGCGAUGGUGCUGCUGCAGGUGGGGUUCGCGGGGAUGUAUGUGGUGGCCGUGGCGUCGCUCAAGGGCGGGAUGAGCCACUUCGUGCUCGUCGUCUACCGGAACCUCGUCGCCACCGCCGUCAUGGCGCCCUUCGCACUCUAUUUCGAGAGGGGACAGAGGCCGCCGAUGACAAUCAAAGUCUUCCUCAAGAUCAUGGGGCUCGCAUUCCUCGAGCCUGUGCUUGACCAGAACCUCUACUUCAUGGGCGCCAAGCUAACCUCAGCGAGCUUCGCAUCAGCGCUAAUCAACAUCCUCCCAGCAGUGACCUUCGUGCUGGCCCUGAUCCUGCGCAUGGAGAAAGUGCGGCUCCGGAGCCUGCACAGCCAGGCCAAGAUCGCGGGCACGGUGCUCACGGUGGCCGGGGCCGUGCUCAUGAUCCUCUACCACGGGCCGGCGGUCCAGUUCCCGUGGACCAAGGGCCGGGCCGGCGCGGCCAACCACGGCGCGGGCCAGGGCCAGGGCCAGGGCGCAGGGUGGCUGAGCGGCACCAUCAUGACCAUCGCGGCCUGCGUCGCCUGGGCCUGCUUCUUCGUGCUCCAGUCCAGCACGCUCCAGAGCUACCCCGCCGAGCUGUCACUGACGGUGCUCAUCUGCGCCGUCGGGUCGCUGAUGAGCGGCUCCGUCGCGCUCGUCGCCGAGAGGGGGAACACGCAGGCCUGGGUCAUCGGCUUCGACACCCGCCUCUUCACCGCCGUCUACGCCGGCAUAGUGUGCUCCGGCGUGGCCUACUACGUGCAGGGGAUCGUGUCGAGGCAGAGGGGGCCGGUGUUCGUCACGGCAUUCAACCCGCUCUGCAUGAUCAUAACCUCCGUCAUGGGUUCCAUCAUCCUCAAGGAGGAGAUCACUCUUGGAAGUGUGAUAGGUGCAGCGAUCAUCGUGGCGGGCCUCUACUUCCUCAUCUGGGGCAAGAGCAAGGACGAGGUCAGCCAAGUGCCCGUCAAGGGCGCCGGGGAGCUGCCGUUAACCUCUGAGAUCAGCCAAGUGUCCGCCAAGGGUGCCGGCGAGCCGCCGUUAACCUCGGUGACGACCGACAAUAAGGGCAAGCAAGAGAUCGGCAACGGCGGCCAUGUCUUCGACGUCAAGAAGCCGGCGGCAGCAAAUGGCCUGCGCUACUAGUCAAGCCAUCGAUCGAAUAGCUAAUAUCGUACGGUCUGUCUAACUAGUCCAUCAAUCGAUCGAUCGAUCAUUGGGGAUAUGGACACGUUUUUUUUUCCUUUUCUUUUGAUCUGUUCUCUUCAGAAACUUGUUCUAAGAUCCUAGUGGCUUGCAUGCGAGAGAGAGUGAGCGAGUGCUGGUUAGAUGUUGAGCAAGUGUAACGGAUAAGACCGGCGGCCUUGACGUGUCCGGGGUGCCUGCUUAAUUAAUUAAUCGAUCAGAUCUGCUUUUAACUUGCUUUA